AUGUCAACUCAGCUGUUGAAGGAUGGGUCACAGCAGACGGCAUGCCAAUGUGAGAUUGGUGGAAGCGACGUGUGUGAAGAUGCUUUAGAUAAAUUAGUACAUAGAAUACUUCUGUCAGCUUCCAUGAACGAGAAGGACGGUGACAAAUUUGGUAUAGCCGACGUUGACGACGGUAAUCUGGCACCAGUUGACUAUCGCAAAAUACCUAAAAUAAAUGGUGUUAGACUGCAAGAAAGAUACGACAAAGCUAGAAAAAAUAAAAACCAGAAGAAAGAAUCGAGAAAAUCGAAAUGGGAGAAAAACAAGGUUGAUGAUAUGCCACGAGGAACUGUUCAGAAGGUAGAUGGAAACAGCUACGUCAAUGUUCCGUUAGAAGUUUAUAGGAGGAUGGUUCAGGCUGAAAUUGAUGCCAAAAUGAAGCAAGUGCAAGAAUAUCAGGAUUAUUUCCUGAAGAAACAAGAAGACACAAGAUUGGAGGCAUUGAGAGAAGUCUUUUACUGGAAAGAAUAUAGCAAGAGUUUGGAGGCGAAUCUGUCCGUAACGCUGGGAGAUCUACAAACUUCAGAAGAAGCUUUUGAAUACGCCAGUAAACGGCUUCAAUUGUAUGAAUCUUACGUACCAUCUGACGCUGAAAAACUCUUCGAACCAUGGAAGCUCAAGACAGCCAUAGACGAAGUCCGCGAAUUUGCACAAACUCGACGAAAUCAGAAGCGUUAUCGCAAAGGGUCCAAAAGACAGCAAAUUGUUCAGCCAGUAGUGGAAGAACUAUCGGAGUCAGCCCAACCUCCUGCAGUCCAUCUACCAGAACCAAAUUCAAAAUCCGAUCCAAACAAUACUUCAAACGUUCGCCCAUCGUCAUCCGCAUCUGAACUAGGUACUGGAUCCAAAACCUCCAAGCAACGAAGAAAUAAAAUUUUGCGCGGUUUAGCAAAAGAUACAGUUGAUUUGCCUCAGACAACGUAAUCACAAUAAUUAUCCAACCAAUUAACAAUUUAUGAUGUGGCAGCACAUUUUUGGUUUUCGCAUACGGCUUGAAGACUAUACUGUAUUUACAAUUCAAAAUACAUGACAGAAUACGAACAUUGAAAAAACAAUUCAGCUUCUAGCUUUUCAUGAAAAAAUGAGGUUUGGAAAUAAAUACGAAAUUAAUCAAU